CUUUUCUGUUUUCUAGAUAGCUGAUUGCUUGUCCUAGUUGUACCACGGGUGCAGGCUCUCUUUCUGUUGUGGCUCCCUCGACAUCGUCCACCCAGUCCCAUAUAUCCAAGCUUAGCCAGGAGGGCUGCCAGUGAAGAGUGCUGUAUAUGUGCAGGAUGGUUGGAUUACACUUAUCUGUGCGUUACUUUCCUUACUCUGCAUCGUUGUCUUUUCGGGCAGCUUCGUACGUGUCAGCACAAGCGAAACGUCUGGCUGUCGUUUCUCAGUGCGCAUUGCCAUACAAGGAGUUCAAGGUGGUACGUAGCUUCUUGUUGUAUUCCGAGUCAUCUGGUCUCUAUGUUUGGCCCCCAUCCACAAUGAUGUGCAUUGACCAACCGGUGUGAAUACGUAGGGUCGUUACGACUCUCAGCACUCCUCCGUUCACUUUGCCACCUUCGGCCAGUCAAGUUUCAGCCGUCAACGUCAGACGAACACAAUGGGGGUCAGGGGUGCCGGUGGCGCUGGCGGUGGUGGGUCUGAGGGCAUGGUAGUCACGAUC